GCGGUUCAAUGGGGCCUACCGGCGGCGGCGCGCUGCGCGCCGAGGGGCGGGGCCCGGCGGCGGUUGCUGGCGGAGCCCGGGAGGUGGAGAAGGCUGUCGUUGCCUUGGCCGUCGCAUCCCCGAGGGAGUCGUGUCGGCGCCACCCCGGCCCCCGAGCCCGCAGAUUGCCCACCGAAGCUCGUGUGUGCACCCCCGAUCCCGCCAGCCACUCGCCCCUGGCCUCGCGGGCCGUGUCUCCGGCAUCAUGUGUGGUAUAUUUGCUUACUUAAACUACCAUGUUCCUCGAACGAGACGAGAAAUCCUGGAGACCCUAAUCAAAGGCCUUCAGAGACUGGAGUACAGAGGAUAUGAUUCUGCUGGUGUGGGAUUUGAUGGAGGCAAUGAUAAAGAUUGGGAAGCCAAUGCCUGCAAAAUCCAGCUUAUUAAGAAGAAAGGAAAAGUUAAGGCACUGGAUGAAGAAGUUCACAAGCAACAAGAUAUGGAUUUGGAUAUAGAAUUUGAUGUACACCUUGGAAUAGCUCAUACCCGUUGGGCAACACAUGGAGAACCCAGUCCUGUCAAUAGCCACCCCCAGCGCUCUGAUAAAAAUAAUGAAUUUAUCGUUAUUCACAAUGGAAUCAUCACCAACUACAAAGACUUGAAAAAGUUUUUGGAAAGCAAAGGCUAUGACUUCGAAUCUGAAACAGACACAGAGACAAUUGCCAAGCUCGUUAAGUAUAUGUAUGACAAUCGGGAAAGUCAAGAUACCAGCUUUACUACCUUGGUGGAGAGAGUUAUCCAACAAUUGGAAGGUGCUUUUGCACUCGUGUUUAAAAGUGUUCAUUUUCCCGGGCAAGCAGUUGGCACAAGGCGAGGUAGCCCUCUGUUGAUUGGUGUACGGAGUGAACAUAAACUUUCUACUGAUCACAUUCCUAUACUCUACAGAACAGGCAAAGACAAGAAAGGAAGCUGCAAUCUCUCUCGUGUGGACAGCACAACCUGCCUUUUCCCGGUGGAAGAAAAAGCAGUGGAGUAUUACUUUGCUUCUGAUGCAAGUGCUGUCAUAGAACACACCAAUCGCGUCAUCUUUCUGGAAGACGAUGAUGUUGCAGCAGUAGUGGAUGGACGUCUUUCUAUCCAUCGAAUUAAACGAACUGCAGGAGAUCACCCCGGACGAGCUGUGCAAACACUCCAGAUGGAACUCCAGCAGAUCAUGAAGGGCAACUUCAGUUCAUUUAUGCAGAAGGAAAUAUUUGAGCAGCCAGAGUCUGUCGUGAACACAAUGAGAGGAAGAGUCAACUUUGAUGACUAUACUGUGAAUUUGGGUGGUUUGAAGGAUCACAUAAAGGAGAUCCAGAGAUGCCGGCGUUUGAUUCUUAUUGCUUGUGGAACAAGUUACCAUGCUGGUGUAGCAACACGUCAAGUUCUUGAGGAGCUGACUGAGUUGCCCGUGAUGGUGGAACUGGCAAGUGACUUCCUGGACAGAAACACACCAGUCUUUCGAGAUGAUGUUUGCUUUUUCCUUAGUCAAUCAGGUGAGACAGCAGAUACUUUGAUGGGUCUUCGGUACUGUAAGGAGAGAGGAGCUUUAACUGUGGGGAUCACAAACACAGUUGGCAGUUCCAUAUCACGGGAGACAGAUUGUGGAGUUCAUAUUAAUGCUGGUCCUGAGAUUGGUGUGGCCAGUACAAAGGCUUAUACCAGCCAGUUUGUAUCCCUUGUGAUGUUCGCCCUUAUGAUGUGUGAUGAUCGGAUCUCCAUGCAAGAAAGACGCAAAGAGAUCAUGCUUGGAUUGAAACGGCUGCCUGAUUUGAUUAAAGAAGUACUGAGCAUGGAUGACGAAAUUCAGAAACUAGCAACAGAACUUUAUCAUCAGAAGUCAGUUCUGAUAAUGGGACGAGGCUAUCAUUAUGCUACUUGUCUUGAAGGGGCACUGAAAAUCAAAGAAAUUACUUAUAUGCACUCUGAAGGCAUCCUUGCUGGUGAAUUGAAACAUGGCCCUCUGGCUUUGGUGGAUAAAUUGAUGCCUGUGAUCAUGAUCAUCAUGAGAGAUCACACUUAUGCCAAGUGUCAGAAUGCUCUUCAGCAAGUGGUUGCUCGGCAGGGGCGGCCUGUGGUAAUUUGUGAUAAGGAGGAUACUGAGACCAUUAAGAACACAAAAAGAACGAUCAAGGUGCCCCACUCAGUGGACUGCUUGCAGGGCAUUCUCAGCGUGAUCCCUUUACAGUUGCUGGCUUUCCACCUUGCUGUGCUGAGAGGCUAUGAUGUUGAUUUCCCACGGAAUCUUGCCAAAUCUGUGACUGUAGAGUGAAGAAUAUCUAUACAAAAUGUACGAAACUGUAUGAUUAAGCAACACAAGACACCUUUUGUAUUUAAAACCUUGAUUUAAAAUAUCAGCCCUUGAAGCCUUUUUUUAGUAAAUCCUUAUUUAUAUAUCAGUUAUAAUUAUUCCACUCAAUAUGUGAUUUUUGUGAAGUUACCUCUUACAUUUUCCCAGUAAUUUGUGGAGGACUUUGAAUAAUGGAAUCUAUAUUGGAAUCUGUAUCAGAAAGAUUCUAGCUAUUAUUUUCUUUAAAGAAUGCUGGAUGUUGCAUUUCUGGACCCUCCGCUUCAAUCUGAGAAGACAAUAUGUUUCUAAAAAUUGGUACUUGUUUCACCAUACUUCAUUCAGACCAGUGAAAGAGUAGUGCAUUUAAUUGGAGUAUCUAAAGCCAGUGGCAGUGUAUGCUCAUACUUGGACAGUUAGGGAAGGGUUUGCCAAGUUUUAAGAGAAGAUGUGAUUUAUUUUGAAAUUUGUUUCUGUUUUGUUUUUAAAUCAAACUGUAAAACUUAAAACUGAAAAAUUUUAUUGGUAGGAUUUAUAUCUAAGUUUGGUUAGCCUUAGUUUCUCAGACUUGUUGUCUACUAUCUGUAGGUGGAAGAAAUUUAGGAAGCGAAAUAUUACAGUAGUGCAUUGGUGGGUCUUAAUCCUUAACAUAUUUGCACAAUUUUAUAGCACAAACUUUAAAUUCAAGCUGCUUUGGACAACUGACAAUAUGAUCUUAAAUUUGAAGAUGGGAUGUGUACAUGUUGGGUAUCCUACUACUUUGUGUUUUCAUCUCCUAAAAGUGGUUUUUAUUUCCUUGUAUCUGUAGUCUUUUAUUUUUUAAAUGACUGCUGAAUGACAUAUUUUAUCUUGUUCUUUAAAAUCACAACACAGAGCUGCUAUUUAAUUAAUAUUGAUAUAUUCAGUAUUCUCUUCAACUUUGUCACGAGGAAGAAUUUCCUGUAGUUAAUUUUAACUUUCCUUCAUUACAUUGUUGCAUAAAACUAGUCCCUUAGUGCCAGUUUGGAAGUUAUUUGCGAUUGUUUGGAAGAUUUGCAGGUCGCUGACCUCAUCAUUUCACUCUAAGUACAUGUGGUAGGCUAAGCUCAGAAAAAGGUAUGUAUGCUUUACACUGAUAGGCACCAAAUUUAGUAUUGUAUCCUAAGUAUUUUUCCUCUCUGUAUUUUCUGUGCUCUACCCCUGAAAUAUAUUUAGGAAUAAAGAAGAUAUAAAUAAAGUGA